GUAAAACUGCAAAAUAAUCGCAAUGGCAGACAGCGAUCGUUCUCAUUUAAUUGAAGAAUUUUGCAAAGUUACGGGUACUGAUCCAACCCGAGCACGCAUGUAUUUAGAAGCUGCGGGAUGGAACAGUAAUCUUGCCAUGGGUAAUUUCUUUGAAGAUUCGGAAGACGACAGUGAACCACCUGUUAACACACUCUCUCCUCCUAGACCUACCAGUCCAAAACCAAAAGUGCCUUCCUCUUCUGCUUCUUCCAAGAUACACACUUUUGCAAGUUUAAUGAAUGAGCAGCCUGAUGAUGAAGAAGAAGAGGGUCAAGCUUUUUAUGCUGGUGGAUCAGAUCGAAGUGGACAGCAAAUUUUGGGACCUGGAAAGCGCAAAGUUGCUAAUGAAAUAGUUCAAGAAAUGUUUAAAGCUGUCAGAAGUUUUGGAGCUGAAGCUGUUGAUUCCUCUGAAAGCGGUCAUAGUACUGCUAAGUUGAAAGCUUUUCGGGGUGCUGGGAAUGUCUUGGGAUCAACAAUGGAUACAAGUGAAGCUGUUGAAAAUCCUGCCGAUGAUGAUGGUCCUUCAGAAAGUCCUGAUGUUUGUCUACGAUUGUGGCGAACUGGAUUCACAGUAAAUGAUGGUGAGCUUAGAGACUAUCUUGAUCCACAGAAUAGGGAAUUUCUCAACUCUAUACGUAAAGGAGAAAUUCCAAUGGAGUUGAGGCGUAGAACUAGAAGUGAAGAAGUUCCUCUGAAAAUUGAAGAUCACAGUCAUGAAGAUUACAUUCCUAAGAAACCAACUGUUCAUGCUUUUGCUGGUACGGGUUUUAGAUUAGGAAGUGCAACACCCCCUGUUGCCGCUCCAAAACCAUCAGGAUCAACUGAGGAGAAUGUAGCAGAGGCUCAAAAAAGUUUAAAUGUUGACGAUUCAAAGCCAGUAGCAAAUGUCCAGAUUAGAUUAGCUGAUGGCUCUAGAUUGACUAUGCAAGCAAACCCUGCACAUACUAUAGGUGAUGUUAGAAGGUUCUUGGUGCAAGCUCGACCUGAAUAUAGCGCUUCUGUGUUCUCGUUGAUGACUGCUUUUCCACCUAAAGAACUUUCUGACGACGGCGCUACUCUGGAAGAAGAAAACUUGUUGAAUGCUGUGAUAGUUCAAAAACUAAAAUAAUGUCUUUAUAAAAAGUCUAAUAUUUCAUUCGGUUCAUUGCAAACACUGUAAAUAAUGUUCAAAAAGUGUCUGUCAAAGAAAUAUAUUAAAGAAAGCUCUUGAUUUUUUUAAAUAAAAUUUUCAUUUUCAUCAUAUAAUGGUAUUUUUAUUUAC